AUGAUACGCACAAAAAUAUUGAAUGGCUGUAUAUUUUCCUCUUCUAACCAAUCAAUCCUUUCGAGGCAUAUAAUAAUUCAGCACAGAAGGAACUUCAUUGCAGCCAGAUCUAUUCAUAAUCGUCGUGAUUCUGACGAUCGAUCGAAUAAGCCUACCUUUACCAAGCACGUCAGAAAUAUCAAGGACGAUAAGCUCUCUUCGCAACCAGAAGACAAAGGCUUGGAGUAUGUGUAUGGGUUUUCAAGCGUAGUAUCAGCACUUCGGCUGAAGAAAAGGGAGAUUUUGGAUUCACUGUAUAUUCAAGAGUCCGCAGGAAAAGCUACCACUAAAAAGAAGGACGACUCAUUGCUCACUGAUAUAGUGCAACUAGCAAAGGAAGCAAAGAUAAAAAUUUUUCACAUGGAUAAAGGCCGAUUAAACAAUUUAACAGAUAAUAAGCCUCAUCAGGGCGUAGUACUACGAGCUUCAGCAUUGCAACCGCAAGAAGUUUCAUCGUUGACACAAGUGACAGAAAAUGGAUAUAGAGUUUUACCAAUACAAAAAUAUGCUAAGGAAGGAAAUAAGCCGUACACUUUCAAUUUCAGUAGAAAUGGGUCGAAUAAGCGGCCUUUUUGGCUAGCGCUCGACGAGGUCCAAGAUCCUCAGAACUUUGGUUCAAUUUUACGAACAGCCUAUUUUUUUGGAGUAGACGGUGUUCUUGUUUGCAGUAAGAACAGCGCACCUCUCAGUCCUGCCGUUUCUAAGGUGAGUUCAGGAGCUGUGGAAUUGAUGGAUGUAUUUUCAACUACUAGACUUGACAAGUUCUUAACGGAAUCCCGUGACAAUGGAUGGAAAGUUAUUGGUGCAGUUGGCGACGCAAAAUCUUUCAUUAUACCUUCUCAGAUUGCUUCAGAGCUAAAGAACUGUCCAGUUAUUCUAGUGCUUGGAAAUGAAGGCAAAGGUUUACGAAAAAAUAUAAGAAAUGUCUGCGAUACAUUUAUCAGUAUACCAAGAGCAACAAAUCCAGUUUUACAAGAUUUUGGGGGAUCUAUAGAUAGCUUGAAUGUUGGUGUGGCAGCUGGUGUACUGAUACACUCUUUUACAACAGAAAAUUAA